GCCUCCGCCGCGGGGCCAGCCCCCGGCGCCAGGGGCCGCAGCUGCGGGGGCGGUGGGGGCGGCCGUAGCGGCAAGCUGUGCAAGGACCGCGCCGCGCUCUGCGGCUCGUUGCCCAACCACCUCGACUGCAACGAUGCCAGCAACGGGCUCGACCAGGGCUACGGCUCCGAGAGGUCGCCCGACGACGAGGAGGACGACGACGAUGACGACGACGAGGAGGAGGAGGAAGAGGAGGAGGAGGGCGAGGAGACCACCUGCCACUGCGCCACCUACCCGUUCCUCAACACCGACUCUGCGUUCGAGGUGCAGCUGGUGAAGGGCAGCCGCGGCCUGGGGCUGAGCGUGUGCGGCGGCGCCGACUCGGCGGAGCGCUGGCCCGGCCUGGUGCGCGUCAAGCGGCUGUUCCCGCAGCAGCCCGCCUGGCUGUGCGGCCGCCUCCAGCCGGGGGACAUCCUGCUCGCCGCCAACGGCGUCUCCCUCGUCGGACUCACCGACUACCAAGCCCUGGAGGUGCUGCGGCGGACGCCGAGCCGCGUGUCGCUGCGCGUGGUGCGGCCUCCGGGCAGCCUGGUGCCCGCGCCGCCUCCGGCGCCCGGCCAGCCGCCGCCGCCCCCGCGCCGCGACGCCCACCUCUCCCAGCAGCAGCUGCUGCCGCCGCCGCCCUCGCAUGCCGACGAUAGUUCCAGGGAAUUUGAUAUUGUGCUGACCAAGGUGAACCGCAGCCUGGGCUUCACUCUGCGCAAGGAGGAUGAAAGUGUUCUGGGCCACUACGUCAGAGCAUUAGUUCGUGAACCUGCACUUUCAGAUGGGCGUAUUCGGCCUGGUGACAAGAUAGUUGCGGUAAACGAUGUGGAUAUAUCUCCAAUGAGUCAUGAAGAAGCAGUAAUGUUCCUGCGACAGUGUGGUGAUGUUGUCAAAUUACGUUUGUAUCGUGAUGAGAGCCAGACUCCAGUAUCUGCUCUUUCACCAACUGAGGAGGAGAAGCCAUUUAAACCAAAGCCUCUCUUAAGGAAAGAAGCAAGAGAUAUGCUUACAGACUUAGCAGUACGAAAGAUGUCACCUGGCGAAUCAAGCUACAGUGGUAGCAGGCUGCGCCGAGUGUCAGCUGAUUCUUCUCCCUGCUCUUCACCACGCAGACGUCAUCUCACAAGAUCUUCUCCUUCAGAAAACAAAGCUGCAACACUUGAAAGAAUGCCAGCUGGUCAAAAAUACAUGGUAUCGAGUCAGAGUCAGACGAGUACUUCAGACUCGUCUGAGGAGCACUCACAAAACAACAGCAACACACUGACAUGUUCGAGCAGUGCCGAUGCUGAUGCCGACUCCACACGGGCCAGAGGGCAUGCCAGCAGCUUUUCAUCAACAGCAGGAAGUGUGGGAGAGCCUGUGAAACCCCUGAGGCCAAAUUUCCUCGAUCUCUGUGGAGCAGUGGGCAGCCUGACCCCACAGACGCGGAAACCGCGUCUGGUUUUUGGGAGCAGCGGGGAGGCUGAAUGGGAAGAGGAUGAGGGGGACCCACCUCCUGAGCCUGCACCUGGAAGUCCCUGCCCUAGGUACAGUAGCAGUUGCUGCAGCAGUAGUGGUGGCGGUGACAUAAUGCCACUAGCCACUGACUCUGUUGAGCCCAUGAGCAUGCCACCACUCUCAUCUACAUCAAGCACAAGUACUGCAUUCAGUUAUCGUAAUCCAGCAUACCAGUCUGCAGUCGAUGCUACAGGGCAUCGCAAUCAGUCAGAUCGUGCAGGUACUGGUACUUCAGGGGCAGGUGCUGGGGGACUGCUGAAAUGGAAGGGAGUGGUUUUCACACCAGAAGAUGGCAAUGGUCCCACAAAUGGAUUACACUGUCUACCAGAAGCAGAAAGGGCACCAGAUGCUAACCUUCCAGCUGAUUAUGAACCAGGCGAUCAGAUAUUCAUGGUAGAGCUAACUCGCGGCUGGAACAGCAGAUUGGGAUUCAGUUUACAAGGCAAUGGGCAACAUACCUACAUAAGUGCAAUUUAUGCUGACAGUGUAGCAGCCAAGGACGGUCGCCUGCAGGCUGGUGAUCGAGUUCUAAUGGUUAAUGAUGAAAAUGUUGAGACUAUGAGUACAGCAGAUGUAAUUGACCUUCUGAGAAAAAUACGGGGGACAAUUGGCAUUACAGUUCUAAGGAAACACAAACAAGAACUUACAACACCUACCACGUGACUUACGAAAGCUUAAAAAGAAAAGCUAUAGUUAUUGUUCCGCUUACCAAGGAUAUUUUACAUAACAUCUGUUAAGCAUCUGUGUUAAAUUUUAUCUUGCAAACAAAGAUGUUAUUUUUAAAAUGUACAGUCACUGUAUUUAAUUAUACCUUGGCUUUCAGUAAAAGUUAUUUGCAAGAAUAAAUACCCUCUAAAAAGAA